AAAUCGCAGGUUGAUUGUGCAGAAACGAAUGGUAAUUCACCACAUCUUUCAAGGCGAUCGCUGAAUGAGAUAGAGAACUCCGAGAAAAGUGGAAUUCCUUUGAAUACUCCAUGGACGUUGUGGCAUGACAAGUAAUCCACCGUAGCAAAUUAUUUUAUUCUUUUCUUCCUUGGUCGUUUUCGAGUCGUCUCCUUUUAUCUUGUUAUUUUCAGAUAUGUGCGUGGAGCUACGGCCGCAGAAUAUGCUGCUAAUCUUCGUAAAUUGUACACAGUAACGACGGUUCAGGUAUUUCUUAGUUAAGGUUAUUUUCGAUGUUGAAAGGUUUCAUCUUAUAGUUUGCUAGUAAUUUGAGCUGUCAAACGUUGACAGCCGAAGGUUCCUGUAGCGUAAUAAUUACUAAAAGUCUUGAAAUGAGGGCAGUAUUUUGCACUUUUUGCUAAAUAAACCUAUUAUAAACAAGAGAAAGCAAAUCGUCGUAUGCAUUUUUAUGAUAUGAAGUAGUCAAAAAAUAAAGCCAUAUAUCGAUAAUAUUUUCAAGACUCAAGUGUAGUGUUUUGACUGCAAAAAUGAAUAAAUUAAGGGUGGCAGACUUGUCAUUUUGUUUGUGGCGAUUGCACAUCUAUAUUCCUAGAAGGAUGAAAACAUGAAGUUUUAUCAGUACUCGCACUUGAAAAAUGGAACAAAAAAGAAUUAUUUUAUUUCUUAAAUCUUAAACAUAUGGCACAUUAAAGAUAUUGAUUUUUUAUGGGGUUCUGUCUAUAUGUCUGCGUGUACGUACACCUGAAAAGGUAUAGAUUUCCUUUGUUGAAGAUUGUCGAUGUUUCAAUGUUCAGCUGCACAGGAAACUCGAACAUCACCAAUUGUUGUGUUAUUGUUAAACUAUGUAUAUUAAAUAGAAAACUCCAAGCUCAACUAAGAAUUUUUAUUUUUUGGGAAAUAAAACCACCUGUUUAUGCACAUGUGUGCAGCAUUACUUUCUGUUAUUGAAGGAUUUGGGGCUGUCAUGAGCAUCAGUUUAUGGAAAGGAUGUGUUCUUUUUUUUCUUUUUCUUUUCCUUCUCCUGCAGAUAUAGGCAUAUUUUUAUCCCCUAAAAAUUUUUCAUCUGUUCGGAUUUCCUAGCUGAAAGUCUAGCGAUCCGAAAAUUGUAGGGAUCAAAACUUACCUUUUCGAAAAUUUCAGCCAGAAAAAAGGCUCCCGAAAAUUCUAGGUGACCUUCUUAGUGUAAAAUUUCGUCAAAAAUGGGCAUUUUUGGGGGGUUCAAAAAUCCUAGGAGAGGCAGGCAAGCUAGAAAUUCAACAACAAAUGUUCCGAAAAUUCUAGAUCUCAGAUCGUCUUCCGAACAGAUAUUUUCCAAAAAUUGUCGUUUGAUGCCCCUGAUUGGUCCUGAAAUAGGACUCACAAAUAUCAGACAGUUGUGUAUGGCAACCAAAAGAUCAGUAGUUUUCAUAGCCCCAGAUGGAACUACGCUACUUUGAAUAUAAUUGACAACAAAAAUGUUCUAGAAGACAUAACACAGAAAAUAACUCAACAUCUGCAUUAAUUUUAUCUCCUUGUGUGUGUUCGGUAAAUACACAUAGGAGCUUAAUGGGCUCCUGUUUAACUUUCAUGUACUUGUGCUUUAUGUGACAACUUAGAUUGUAUCUUCUUGUUCCAUACGUGCCUUUGUUCUUGUUUUUCUUUUCUUUUCUUUUUUUCUGUUUUUUUUUGUCCUCUAGAGUUGAUGUGUAUAGUACAGUGUAACAGUACAUGUAUGUUUUUCCUCUGCCCACCUUAACUUGCCGAGUUGCUUGGAAACAGAGGAUAUUUAGAAUAUUUAAUUUAACAAAAACUGUGUGCAUAAUUCUAUCUUCUUUCUUUGUACAUUACUGAAAGUUGGUAAAUUACAUGUACCCUCUUAUAUAUAUUAUUAUUAUUUUAAUAUAGAGUUUCUGGAGUGUGUUUAAUAACAUCCCUCGCACCUCAUGUCUGGAUAUGAGAACAAGUUAUCACUUUAUGCGUGGAGAGAGAAAACCACUUUGGUAAGUUAAUGAAACCACUUUGUUGCAUAGUCUGCACACAUGUACUUGUUGAUCUCCCUUACUUUCAACACAAGUUUAAAAGUCCCUCCCUUUUAGAUUAGGGUGCAAAACCAUGGACCUCAUCUCUCAGCUCUUUCAUUUUUCUAAUUCUUGUGGGAUGUACCUUAUUAUAGGAAAUCAACGCUCCAAGAAAUUAACACAAAUCGUUAAAAUUUGCGUUAAUUUAAGUCGCAUUCAUUUUGUUGAGCAUUAAUUUCCGCAACGUUAAUUAAGUGCAGCGUUAAUUUCCCCGCUCUUAAUUUCCAGUAUUUUAACUCCAAUUUUGGAACCUGUCCAGAUUCUUGACACCUAAAAAACAUUAACUACAAGCUUUCUUUCUUUCCAUUUACCCUUUGUUUUUCAUCUUUCACUAAAGCUACGGUGAAGGUUUACAAUAUCUCGAGUUCAUCUUCAUCCUUGUUGCAGUCAGAAGUGAUGUCAGUAUCUUCUCCUUUGACCAACUGUGUCUUAAUCGCGUUAAUUUCCUUUAUUAUGAAAUUCUACCUUCUCUUUGGUGUUAAUUUUCUUUAUUCGAAAGUUGUUUUCCAUUAAAUUCGCGUUAAUUUAAGUCGCGUUAAUUUCCAAUACCUUAAUUUCAUGGAGCGUCAAUUUCCUAUAAUAAGGUAAUAGAACCCACACUGCUGUUCUUGAAGAGAAGGAGACGUAGACCCCAGUAGCUUGGUCAACCUUUAAAUGUGUGAUUCUAAGGGCGUGCAUUGCUUUCAGUAAAAACCACAGGGUUUGCAAAUUUUAUUGAUGAGUGGAGUCAGUAUGACUUCUGCUUCACAAACUUUGGAGUUAUUUUGGAGUAUUUGGAGUCAAGUAUCACAACGAAAAAAGCCAUUGUCAGACUUUCCAGCACGUGGUCCGGGCGUGUAUACACUAUCGUGAGGGAUACACGAAGUAGCUGUGGCGGUCCGCUAACCUGGAAAGCUCAAAUCUAUGAAGGCAGUCAUCGAGUAAACUUUGAUCAUAAUUUACCCUCUUCCUGUUUUACCGUGCAGUAUAAUUCUUUAAUUUCAAUGAUUUAAUUAAUGUUUACAACAUUUACAAUAAUUAACGUAAAUUGUAUUUGUUGCGAAAAAGGUAAGGACAAAACUAUGUUUGUUACCGAAAAUUUCUGGAGUCGAAGUGACUCCCUCGAUAACCUCAGUGGAGUCAUCUGAACAAUUUUGGCAUAAAAUACAACAAAUUUGGCAUAUUUGCGAACCCUGAAAACAGGUCUACAUCUAAAUGAUAAUGAUGAUGAUGAUGAUGAUGAUGAUAAUGAUGAUGUUGUUGAUAAUGAUAUUGAUGACCCUAUUUUAAUUAUUGUUUGAACAUCAACAGGGAGGACAAGGAAAAUGUUAAUGGUGGUUAUUGGAAAAUGAGGUGUGCCAAGCACAAUACAGUAAGUUUAAGAGUUAGUGUUUGCAAGAAUUUAAUUCACAACGGGUGCACUAGACCUAUAUUCACAGCAGAAAACAUCCUUACAGCUGUACAAUGUACAUGUAUAACAAAAAUCCCCACAAUCUUUUUCUUUUAUUUAACUCUGUACCACUUUGUCCUACAGUGUAAGUCUACUUUAAUUAGGCAAGGUAAUUUUUAUUUGUUUACUUUUAUUAUCAUUAAUUUUUUAUUGAACAUUAUUAGUAAUUAAAAAUGUACUGAGUAUUAUUAUUAUUUUUGUUCUUCUUCUUAUUUAUUUAUUUGCAAACUGUAUCUUAUUUAUUCAUUUCAUAAUGGUAUCAUUUUUGUGUACAUGUAUGUCUCCGUAAUAGUAACAAUUUUAUAGAUACCCUGUACCUCUCCCAGUAUUUGAUGUUGUUUAACUCUUUUCUUGUCAAUAGGAUAAAGUGUGGAAAGAGUUACUUUUGGCAGCCAUCGGUGAACAAUUUGUUGACAGUGUCAGACAAGGUAGAAAACAUUUUAAUAACAAAAACCACCCUUACCACAAUAAAAGUAGCUUUAUUAAGGUACGGAAAAUUAUUUUAUUGAAGAUAGUUCUUGACAAUAAGGGAAGGUUGUUAAUAGAGUUUACCCAGUUUUUAGCAAAAAAGGUCUUUUUCUGUGUUGAUCCAAUUUCAAUUUUCCUACAAUGGUCGUUAAUCAUUUAGUUGUGAUGAAUAGUUUCUGUAAAGCAUAAAGCAUCUUUUCUAUAGACUUGAAAAAUAUUUGUCUUCUUAAUGUAGCCCACUUAAAAACAGAUUGGAAGGAUUGAGUCAAAGGAUUGAGUCAAACGAUUUCUUUACAAGUAAAGUACACAAUGUAGUGAGAAUUCAUUAAAAUAAUGUAACAACCCAUGAGAUGAGGAUUGUCAAGAUUUUUCUUGAUGUGCAUAUUAUAUUUCUACCACAAAUGGAUGUGAAUAUUGUUUCAAAUAAAAAAAAUAGUUUUUGCUACGUUUUAGAUGAUGAAGUGUGCGGUAUCAGUGUUUCUGUGCGCGAAAGAGAUGACAUAAUUCAAGUGUGGAAUUCAAAUGCUUAUGCUGUUGAAGAUGCGACGGUAAAAUUUUGAUUUUGCCUGUCAUUUGAUUACAGCUCAGUGUAAAAUUAAUGAUAACUUGUACAUGUACAUGUAGUCAUCUAUUAAUACUGAUUUGUUUAAUUUAAGUAAUUUGUAUUUGUAAAAAGUUUUUUUAUUGCCGUGAUCAGUUGUUAUGCAUCAAAAUUGAAUCAUAUUUGCAAAGAAAAAUAUCAAUGCCGGCACUUAAUCUGAAUUGUUUUGUGUGUAUCAGAUAUUGGACAAAUUGAGGGACCUUGUACCGGAUGUUGACUUGUUUGAUGAUUUCUAUAAAUGUAAGGACAAUUUAAUUGUUAUAAUCUUUGUGAUUUGUGGCCAUUACUGUACUUGUAAUUUCAGUUGCCAUGCUUGUUGACAGAUGGAGAUUUUAUGCAACCUUUGACUGUCUUGUAAUAAUAAAAUUAUCUUAAUUAAUUUCUGUUUGCUAUCAUUCUUUCCAGCACACCAAGCUCAUGAAGCUUUUGAAGGGGCGAGACCCAGGCCCACAAAGCCGCCUGGUUUUCCAUUUGGGAGGGACUGA